AUGGCACUUCUGUUUGUCGUUAUCGUUAUUCUCGUUACAACUGCAAUGUCACUGCCGCCUGUCAUACGAAUUGGUGCAAUAUUCACUGAAGAUCAAAAGGACAGUCCCUCCGAGUUGGCCUUCAAGUACGCAGUCUACAGAAUAAACAAGGACAAGAGCCUGCUGCCGAACACAACCCUCGUCUACGACAUCCAGUAUGUGCCGAAGGACGACUCCUUCAGAACAUCAAAGAAAGCCUGCAAACAACUAUCGAGAUCGGUCCAGGGUAUAUUCGGUCCAUCGGACCCACUAUUAGGCGCCCACAUUCAGAGUAUAUGCGAAGCCCUUGACGUACCACACUUGGAGGCACGAAUGGACUUUGAGCCAACUUUCAAAGAGUUCAGUAUAAAUCUCUAUCCAUCUCAGGAUCAUCUGAAUAAGGCAUUCAAGGAUCUCAUGUCCUUUCUCAAUUGGACGAGAGUUGCUAUAAUCUACGAGGAAAAUUAUGGUCUAUUCAAGCUUCAGGACCUGGUUAAGUCACCGCCAACCACACGCACUGAGAUGUACAUACGUCAGGCUGGUCCUGGCUCCUACCGUCAAGUACUUCGUGAGAUCAGGCAGAAGGAGAUUUACAAGCUCAUUAUAGAUACCGAUCCUCUGCACAUGCAGCAGUUCUUCAGAGCGAUUCUGCAGCUACAAAUGAACGACCACCGUUACCACUACAUGUUUACCACAUUCGAUAUCGAGACAUUCGAUCUAGAGGAUUUCAAGUACAACAGUGUAAACAUGACUGCCUUUCGGCUAGUCGAUCUCGAGGAGCCGCGGAUAGCCGAGGUUUUGAGGCAGAUGGAGCGAUUCCAGCCGAUUGGACAUGCCAUUCUCAAUCGAACUGGAAUUAUCCAGGCAGAACCGGCGCUUGUCUACGACAGCGUUCAAGUUUUUGCUCAUGGGCUUUCCUCCCUCGAUCGCAGUCACGUACUCCGACCGAUGAACUUAUCCUGCGAUAGGGAAGAGCCCUGGGAUGACGGCCUGUCUCUUUACAACUACAUAAACGCGGCGGGAAUUCACGGCUUAACGGGCCACAUAGAAUUCAACGAGGGUAAGCGCAACAACUUCAAACUCGAUCUUUUGAAGUUGAAAAAAGAGGAGCUAGUGAAGGUGGGCGAGUGGCGACCAGGGCAGGGGGUCAAUGUCACGGACGUCAACGCUUUCUACGAGACAACAGCAACGAAUAUAACGCUAGUUGUCAUGACCCGCGAGGAGAGACCGUACGUCAUGGUGAAAGAGGACAAAAAUUUAACUGGAAAUGCGAGAUUCGAGGGAUUUUGCAUUGACUUGCUAAAAUGGAUUGCCGGACAAGUGGGCUUUCAGUACGCCAUUCGGCUUGUUCCUGAUCACAUGUAUGGAGUGUACGAUCCAGAGACCAAAGAGUGGAAUGGAAUUGUUCGGGAAUUAAUGGAAAAGAGAGCAGAUUUAGCUGUGGCUUCCAUGACCAUUAAUUAUGCAAGGGAGAGUGUAAUCGACUUUACGAAACCCUUCAUGAACCUUGGGAUUGGAAUUCUCUUUAAGGUGGCUAAACGUCCACCCAGUAGACUCUUCUCGUUCAUGAAUCCCCUUGCCGUGGAGAUUUGGUUGUCAAUGCUGGGCGCCUAUCUUAUGGUGUCCGUUACUAUAUGGAUUGUCGCGAGAAUGUCGCCUUAUGAGUGGGUUGAGCCACCUCCGUGCCCUAGCUGCAAGUGCCCUCUGCAGGGGAGCCACGUGAGUGCCUUGGAGCCGGAGAGCGAUGACAUCCCAUUGCCAAGAACAGUCAACGAUUUCAGCCUUGCCAACAGUUUCUGGUUUGCAGUUGGAACUUUAAUGCAACAGGGGAGUGACCUCAAUCCCAAGGCAACCAGUACGAGAAUAGUGGGUGGAAUAUGGUGGUUCUUCACACUGAUAAUUAUAUCGUCGUACACUGCCAACCUCGCUGCCUUUCUCACGGUCGAGAGAAUGAUAACGCCAAUUGAAAAUGCCGCUGACUUGGCUGAACAAACGGAGAUCACUUACGGUACGCUUGAAGGGGGAAGCACAAUGACGUUUUUCAGGGAUUCGAAAAUAGGAAUCUACCAAAAAAUGUGGAGAUUUAUGGAAUCCCGAAGAUCUACUGUAUUCGUCUCAACCUACGAGGAGGGAAUAAAGCGAGUUUUGGAGGGGAAUUAUGCAUUCCUGAUGGAAUCGACAAUGCUGGACUACGCAGUCCAACGAGAUUGCAAUCUAACGCAAAUCGGUGGCCUCUUGGACAGCAAGGGCUACGGCAUAGCGACCCCAAAAGGUUCACCGUGGAGAGACAAGAUAUCACUGGCUAUUCUCGAGCUACAGGAGAAGGGAGUUAUACAAAUACUGUACGACAAAUGGUGGAAGAAUACCGGUGACGUUUGCAACAGGGAUGAAAAGAGUAAAGAGAGCAAGGCAAAUGCACUUGGGGUUGAGAAUAUCGGGGGUGUCUUCGUCGUUCUACUCUGCGGACUGGCGCUUGCGAUUCUCGUGGCGAUCCUCGAGUUCUGCUGGAAUUCGAAAAAACACGCGCAGUCCGAUCGGUCUCUGUGUGCCGAGAUGGCCUCGGAGUUGCGGUUCGCAUUACGCUGCGGUUCACAGCAGCGUCGACUUACCAAAACCAGAAAUGCCGAGGGUGAUGUGACAACAACUGUAACCUGUACCAGGUGUAGUCCACCGUCUACGUCAUUGCUACGUAGCAGACGAUGCUUCAGUCAUGAAGAAACCACUUACAUGCCAAGCAUCGAUAUACCGAGAUUAAAUGCAGGAAGUUGGUGCGCUACCGAUGACAGAGAUGAAGAAAUCAUUGAGCUUCGAUCAAGUGGGGACAUGCCGUGGCGGGAACACCUAGCACAGGCCUCACCAUCAUCAUCAACAGGGCCAAUCCCAGCAACAGACACCACCACCACCGUCUGUGUGCAGGGCAACACCAACGCACACACGUCACUGUCACUGCCACUCACAUUCUCACAGUCACAGUCAUUCGCACAAACAUCAGUUACCACCGCCGAGGCAGAGGAGAGCCUCAUCGGGCAUCAGUUUAGGCCAAGGAGGUGACCACCCUGAAAGCAUCCUAUGGAGAUUCGACUGCGACCUAGCGGGUGAGCCAGACGUAGUGAUAUCCCCCCCUCCCCCACCGCCGCCACCAUCCGCCGCCGUAUCAAGAACGACAACCCUUUGACCAAUACUCGAGGAGGUGCC